AUGGAUGACGAUUCCUCUUCUGAAGAUGAACAUCUACUAGAUGAAUCUAAUUUACUUCAUGUGGGGACUCCUUUGAUACAUUCUGCUAAUCUAAGUAUUAGGUUGAACAGAGGUAUAGGCAACUUUUGUUAUCGAAAAAUUCAAACUCGUGGGUCAGAUAUUCGAUUUGUCUGUGGAUCUGGUAUCAACACUGCUUUGGCUGUGGCAUAUUGUGCAAGACAACUACGAGUGGAAGCGACAAUUGUAGUACCAGUCAAUACAAAUGAACGACUAUGUGAUGCAAUUCGGUUGGAUGGUGCACAAUUGAUCAAAUACGGUUCAGAUUGGACUGCGGCUGAAAUCCAUGCAAGAAAGUUGGUGAAGAGGAAUGGUAUUUAUGUCCCAUCAUCAGAUCAUGAACAUAUAUGGCAAGGUCAUUCAAGUAUAAUUCAUGAAUUGAAAACACAAUUGAUGGAUAAUCCUCCAGCGGCUAUCAUUUGUCCUGUUGGUGGUGGUGGAUUAUUAAAUGGAAUCAUCCUUGGAUUACAAGAAGUUGGAUGGAAACAAGUACCUGUGAUUGCGGUGGAAACCCAUGGUAGUAAUGCUUUUCAAGCAGCAGUAGUAGCUGGUCGUCUUGUACAACUUCCUAAAACCUCAACUUUAGCAUCAAGUCUGGAAGCCAAAUCUGUUUGUGCCAAAACCUUGGAAUUAAGUUUGAUUCAUCCUGUGGUCCCUUUUGCUGUCAGUGAUGCUAUGGCAGCCAAUGCUGUGAGACUUUUUGCUGGUAAGUGGAUUGUUAAAUAUAUUAUAGGAAUACUCACUUGUUUUUUUUUUUUUAUAAAAAAAAAAAGAUGA